GAGUGACGGGGGGAGGCGUCCAACCCGCGGUGCGUGUGGGCGGCGGGCGGUGUGGGCGCGGCGUGUGCGGCAGGCUGGGCUGCACCGCAGCGCAUACACUACAAUGGCUGCUGGAAGGACGGGAAAGCAAACAAUUUCCAGGCCCGCCGCGUCCAGCCCGAAAUAUGGGGAAAAAAUUUCAGAAAAAUCGGAGAACACUGUAAAGGGUGGAAACGGGGCGCAGAGGGGAUGCUGAGGCUCCCGCGAAACGAAUUUGCCUGCUCUCCCCCUCCGAGUGGCCCAGAAGCCUUCCCCUUCCCCAUCGGUGUGUGUUUAGAGAAAAGUGUGAACCCAAACCAGUAAAAAUGGGAAGUACUGGAUUCUGGUUUCCUCCAAGAAGAGUCAGCGGAACUGGUUAAGACCAAAAUCUGAGGACUUUAGUGGGCAAACAUCAGUCCCCUUUUGCUUUCUUUUACGACCACAUGAAACUUGAGAAGCCAUCUAAAGCUAAAUCAUUUAGUGGAGUUGGGCAAUUCCCAAGUGUCCAACAAGAAGGCCUGGUUUAGGCUGCGAUGGCCACUGUCAUUCCUGGUGAUUUGUCAGAAGUAAGAGAUACCCAGAAAGUCCCUUCAGGGAAACGUAAGCGUGGUGAAACCAAACCAAGAAAAAACUUUCCUUGCCAACUGUGUGACAAGGCCUUUAACAGUGUUGAGAAAUUAAAGGUUCACUCAUACUCUCACACAGGAGAGAGGCCCUACAAGUGCACACAACAAGACUGCACCAAGGCCUUUGUUUCUAAGUACAAAUUACUAAGGCAUAUGGCUACUCAUUCUCCUGAGAAAACCCACAAGUGUAAUUAUUGUGAGAAAAUGUUUCACCGAAAAGAUCACCUAAAGAAUCACCUACAUACACACAAUCCCAACAAAGAGGCCUUUAAGUGUGAAGAAUGUGGAAAGAACUACAAUACCAAGCUUGGGUUCAAACGUCACCUGGCUUUGCAUGCAGCAACAAGCGGUGACCUCACCUGUAAGGUAUGUUUGCAGACUUUUGAAAGCACAGGAGUGCUGCUGGAGCACCUAAAAACUCAUGCAGGCAAGUCAUCGGGUGGAGUGAAGGAGAAAAAACACCAGUGUGAACACUGUGAUCGUCGGUUCUACACCCGAAAGGAUGUCCGUAGACACAUGGUAGUGCACACUGGAAGAAAGGACUUCCUCUGUCAGUACUGUGCACAGAGAUUUGGGCGGAAGGAUCACCUAACGCGCCACAUGAAGAAAAGUCACAACCAAGAACUUUUGAAGGUCAAAACAGAGCCAAUGGACCUUCUAGAUCCCUUUACCUGCAACGUUUCUGUGCCUAUUAAGGAUGAGCUGCUUCCAGUGAUGUCUUUACCUUCCAGUGAACUGACAUCAAAGCCAUUUACAAACACUUUGCAAUUAAAUCUCUACAACACUCAGAUUCAGUCCAUGCAGAGUUCUGCAUCUGCACACCAAAUGGUUGCCACAUCAUUACCAUUGGGAAUGCCUUGUCCAAUAGAUAUGGAGUCUGUCCACCCUUCUCACCAGCUAUCGUUGAAAUAUCCGCUCAGUUCUACCUCAUACGCAGUUUCUAUGCCUGAAAAAGAACAGCCAUUGAAAGGGGAAAUAGAAAGUUACUUAAUGGAGUUGCAAAGUGGUAUGCCUUCUUCAUCCCAGGAUUCUCAAGCAUCUUCAUCAAAACUAGGGCUGGAUCCACAAGUAGGGCCACUAGAUGAUGGGUCUGGGGAGGUUUCCCUUUCCAAGGGCUCUGUUCCUAUUAGUGAACCUCUAAACACCCCAUCAUUGGACUUUUCUCAGCUGUUCAACUUCAUACCUGUAAAUGGCCCUCCCUAUAAUCCUUCUGUUUCAGUGGGAAACCUUGGAAUGAGUUACACGCAGGAGGAGGCACAUUCUUCUAUGACUCAACUUCCACCACAAACACAGGAUCCACAAGAUCCUAGCAAUAGUAUAGGUCUUGGGUCUCUGCACUCAUUGUCAGCAGCAUUCACGAGCAGUCUAAGCACAACCACCACCCUACCACGAUUUCAUCAAGCUUUCCAAUAGGAUGUACAAAGCUGGCUUGUUACUGUCUAUUUGUAGAAAUGCCUUAGGUGACCAUUUUUAACUUAGUGCCUACUAUAAGACAUUAUAAAUUCUCUGCUUUUGUACAGUACCAAUCUCAUGAAGCCAGUAAGAAAUUUUUUAAUGUUUUGAAAGUGUUUAUUCUCAGCUGUGUUUACUUUGUUGUUUUUUUUUUUAAAGUCUCAUUGUAUUGUUUUCAUUUUCACUGCCAAUUAACACAUUUAAAAUGUUCACUAGAAAGUCAUCCCAAGCAAACUUUCAACAUGCAUCCCUUUUUAAAAAUUUUUUCAACCAUACCAGCCACUCUGUUUUAUUGAUGUCAGUGGUGGAACUACCGUUUUUACCUUUUAUAUAUUACAGCAUUUGCAAAGAAUCCAGUUCAAACAUGUAUCGCAAAGAUUCCUAAAGAUUUGGGAAAAAAAAAUUCCCCAGUCCCUUUCCAAAAAAAAAAAAAACUUUUCCCAAAUGGUGACAUCUGAUCUGUUCUAUAAUGACAAUUCUAAAUUUUUAAAUAAAUAUAGAAUUCAGAUUUUUUCUGAAAACUUGUAUGUGUAUAUAUAGAAGUUCAUAUAUACACAUGUACAUAUAACAUUUUGACUUGUAUUGAAGUCAUUAUAAAAGGUGUUACAAAUUUUGCCAUUUUCUGGCUUAAAUUGUUGUGGCCUGUUAUGAAUAUUGGAAGAAAAAAUAUAGUUUAAUUUUGUAAAAUCAUGGCUGAACAGAAUUUCAACAGAGAAUCUCUGCUUGCCUAAAUGACAAAAGUUUCAAGUUGAAUUUGGAACUGUGUUGUGCUUUCAUGACUCUGGUAGAGGAAAACAGGCAAAAUUAAUGGCUGAUCUUGAAAUAUAAAAGUGUUGUAAUUUAGUAAUGCAGAAUAUUUUGUCGCAGUUCUUGUUUUAAUUCUUAACUUGCUGUUUUUUCUCUUUAGUAGCAUAGAAAGAGUACUGCAUAGGAAUCUUCCAAUAGCGUAUUCACAUUUGUAGGCAUCAGUCUUCUCCCAUCUGCCACCGCCAAAGGGUGGAUCGAGUCCAGCCAGAAAGUGUGUAUCUAUUUUCAGUUCAAUAUUAGUGUGCAGUCAGAGAGUGAAUGUAAAUUUGCAAAUACCAGUUUUUAAUAUUUUUUUUUAUUGGAAUGGACUUUUCAGUUGUGUUACAUGGUGUGUUAUGUCCUCCUAAGCAACAAGUUAGAUGUUAAUCAUACUUUCUACACCUGGGUACUUGGUUAGGGACUUUUUGCCCACUGCCAAGAUUUAAAGACAGGACUCUUAGGAGUGAAGUAAAAGCAUAUUGCUUACACCACUUUUACCUAAUGCAAUAUAUUCUAUUCCCCAACCCCUAAUAACCAAAAGAGGAAAAAGAAAAAAAAAAAAACAAACCUGUGAUGCAUGAAAGCAAACUAGAUUUGCUGUAAUUCAACAAUAACACGCUUUUCCUUGUCAUUUUUGUACAAGGAAUUAAAAAAUAGAAAUCAAGUACGUUAGUAUCUCUCAAACAAUAAUGAGGAUUCAUACAAGGUUUUAAGUGGUUAAACUAAAUAUACUUCACAGAAACAAAAGUUGCUCCCAUUUAAGGAGCUCAUGCUCCGGAUGUUUUAUCAGUAGCUCCUACUUUGUUUUUAAUUCUAGGAGCAAUAUGCAGGUGUAGUUUUACUAUUUUAUACAUAUGUGUAUUUAAAUUUUAUUACUGAAAGAUAACAUUUUUAUAAAUGUGUUUUUGUUCCAAAGGCAUUAAAAUAAGGAUGUAUUAAUAAGGAAAAUACCUUUUGAAAUUCUACAAACUACUCCUAGAUUUUGGGUUUAGGAGCAUGUUAUCUCAAAGUGGGCUUUUAGCUCUGCUUCAUGACUGCUUCCUCUGGUUUCUAUGAAACAGAUCGCUUGCUUACUUACAUCUUUAGUUGAAUGAUUUGUUCAAUAUUGCUUUUUUUUUUUUUCGUCACCUUUAUAAAGGAUAGAAAAACACAGGUGAACAGAGCACAAGGUGAAUGCAGCAGAAUGUAAUUCCGGUUUAAAUCAGCAACCACAAUGCAUAUAGGGAGAAGUUGGCUUUACUCUCAGUCUUUUAAAUCAAUUAGGAAUGAAGAUCAAUGGACUUCAUUCCUCCGGUGGGCUCUGCCCCGCGUGGAGCUUUCCCUUGGCAGAGGGAAGCUGCGAGCGCUCAGCAUCUCACGGGCGGCUCUGGCAGCGGCUGCAGAAUUGAUGGGCAGCACUCUUCCUCUUGGGCAGGGAAUGUGCAGGCACCAGGAGCUUCAAAGCUGGAGUUUUUGGUAUGGCAUGGAGGAAUUUGCUCGUUCAGGCAUCGCCAGUAAGUUUAAUCUCACCUGCCGCUGCCAGAUGCUCUGCCAGACUAGUCGCGGAAGGGAUUUGAUGUGGCGCAUCUAACAUGCAACAAGAGGCAGUGCCACCUGCUUAUCAGUCUCAGUUUCUGAUUAGACUUGAU